GAGGCGCCAGCUCUCUGCACCUCCGGGCGUAGGAACCACGAGGCAUGGUCACAUUAAGAGGAAGGACCAGGACACUGCUUGAUAAGCAUUGCUUCUCAGUGUCAUAAAACCACCUUCGGAUGAUAGGUACCGUAAAUACAAAUUGUAAUGUGUGCGGGCGAAAAGCACGUGCAAUAUUGACUAAGCUCACUGCGCAUGCUCCAACGGGGAACGGAGAGGGUUAGCUUAUUCGACUGAAAAACUCUCUGUCAUUUAGCUAGCUCAUCUAAUUUUCUACAGCAACUUUAAAAACUACCUAAACAUGAUGAUUCCAGCUGUUCAAGAUUUGAUUAAUAAUAUGACUACAUAAUCAAAGAUUGCAAUAUAACUUCUAUAUAUUUUCAUUAGGUAAUUAGAGAUCAUGAAAAUUAUGACUGAUCUUGUAGUUGAAAGUUUGCAUAAGCAAGUCUAAGUUUAGAAGUAUUAGCGUGUUUUUAACUAAACUAUUCAACUAAAGUAUUUCUUGCCAGCUGCCAUUGGAGGCUUUGUAGGGUGUAUUUCUGUAUAGUUGUCGAUCACCAAAAGCGUUCGGUUGGGCCAGUUUUGCAGGCGACUGCAUACCACUCUGCUGGCGUUUCUCUACGUGAAGCCUUGAAAGUUGAAACAAAACAGUUUGUAAUACUUAGAGGAAGAUUUUUAGAUCCAAAAUUGCUAAGAUAAGACAUACUGAGAUAGGUAUCAGAAAGUUACCUGUGAGUUUCCUGAAGAUAAGGCAUUGCUAACAUGAAAGAACAAGCUACAUGAAGUUAACGGAUGCCGAAGACUAAAGACCAAUAAUCAAAAGAUGUAAAGCCGUACGUAUGAGGGUGAAAAGCUGUUCCAUGAUAAUAUAAACAAGAUCUACCAACAAUUGAUCAAUCAUAUUUCAUCGAGAUGUAUGUAACUAAUAAAAAUAUAUUUUACAAAUAAAAAUUACUAAUAAAAGAAUGGAGUCAGGGACAGAACAGAGGAAACUGCAGCACAAUAUCAGUUCUUUAACGAUUCAUGGCUUACCAAAGGUGUUUUCAGUAAAGGCAUAUUGUUCUAAACUACUAUGGUUGACUUUGUGCAGUGCAGCUUUUAUAUCCUUGUUUUAUACAAGUGCAAUAUCUCUAAUCAAGUACUUCAGGUAUGACGUUUUUCUAUCUUUUGAGAAGAAGCCAACAAACAGCCUAGCGCUUCCUUCAGUGACUUUCUGCAAUACAAAUCUUUACAAUCCAUCUAUGUACAUGAACGAGGCACCUGUGUUUCAGCAUUUGCCAAAAAAUUGUAGUUUUACAGACAGGAAAUACUUUGCAAAUAACAUUACCAGAGAAAUUUUUCAACACGGCUGUAGAUUGUUCAUUGGCACAUUUGAUGCAAAAACAUCAGGAAUGCGUCGAGAUAUGCCAGAGUAUUUCCGUUUCCCAGAGAAAUUCUCAAUUCUUCCAAACAUUUACCCGUGUUUCACCUUGAACAGAAAUUCUACCCUUAGGCAGGGUAUCGGCAGUGAAAAGAAUGGUUUGCAAAUGAUACUUUACAACGAUGAAAUUGCUGACCAUACAUUUGCUAAUGGACACGAAGAGGAACCGCUAACUGAAGUGCACCAAGGAACUGUUGUUCAUAUUCAUGACACAAAGGUUCAUGUGCCAAUUUCUGAUGGAAUUCAUAUUCCUGCAGGCUUCCAUACACAUAUUGCCAUUCAUAAAAAUAUCAAUAAGCGGAAACCUAGCCCAUAUUCUUCGCAUUGCGUACAAACCAAUGAAGAAGACAGACAAACCAUUUUUCCUGGCAAGAACACCCAACUGCAUUGUUUCUAUUCGUGUGCAAUGAGGCGUUUCUAUAACAGAUGCAAUGGCGUAUUGAUGGAGUAUAGGAGUUUUAUGGGACCCAAAAAGUACCCCAAAAUGGCAAGUUAUAGCGCCUCCUUUCUUAAUUGUUUGGAAUCAUUCUUCAAGAAACCAGACUUGCUAACUUGCAACUGCAAGCCGCUCUGCGAACAGGAGAGUUACGAAGUUAGAGUAAAUCGUAAUCCAUGGCCGCGAAAUUUGCAUGGUUCAGCGUUGUCUAAUAUCGUUUCGACAAUGAAAGGCGUAAACAAAUCGAAUCCUCAAGAGGCUCGAAAAUAUUUGGCGAAAGUAACGGUAUAUUACGAGGAAAUGACAGAAAAUAUUUUUGAAGAAAAAGAGAAAUAUGAUUUUUCAACUUUUAUCAGUGAAACCGGAGGGCAAAUGGGGUUUUUUCUGGGAGCUUCACUUAUGUCUUUUAUUGAAAUAUUUGCUCUGGUGUUGAGUUACAUGAGGGAUAAACUUUUAGGUCCAAAAGAAAGGAGAACAGUUUCUACAGAAUAAUACGUAUAUAUAUAUAUUUUUAACAGUCGCCCUAUUCGGUGUUUUUGGGUGUUCUUUGUAAAUGUUCAUAAAUAUUAGCAAUAUUUAUUUUUUAAGCUACUUGUCUUACAUAUAUAAAAUAUAUAAAUAUGUAUAAAAUUAUAAGAUUAUAGUAAAUAUCCUUUAGCUGUU